UGUCAUAACCGGACAGUGACACGAUAAAAAUGUCAAAACAAAAGUUGACGUGAUUACAAAAAUAAAAAUAUUAUGUACUCUAAACUGGAUUACUGUUAAAAAUAUUAAAGAAUUUACUAGAAAUAUGAUUGAAAAUAGUUAUUACACUGUAAUAAAUAAUAAGAACGGCUUUUAGUGAUGCUCAGUUAAAAUAACCACACUUUUUUGUUAUAUAAUUUAUUUUCUAUAAUCUUAUUUACAAGACAACUUCAGUUGUACCAAAAUGUGCUCAAUACCACCUCCUCCUCCGCCACCAAAAUUGCCGGAUAUCAUUUCUUCCACGAAAGUGACGAAAAGCGAAGUAAGCAAACCUAACUACGAUCCUGGCUUGACUUGGGCCGCCACACAGCCCGAGCUUAUGGAGGCUUGUUCUAAAAACAGAAUCUGCUGGGAAAGACCUCCAUUCAAAUACAAGUAUAGAGAGUUCGCAUCUAUCUCGCAAAUUGGGCCUACUUGUGGAUUAGUUGCAUUGUCUAUGUUAGUCGAUGGAGAAGCAUCACCCGAUGAAUUGUUGAGUAUUGCAAAGUUAGAGGGUUUCACAAGCAAUGGGGAGAUGUUCAGCUGCAAACAAAUGGUGAAACUGUCUGAAAAAGCCUUCAGCUUAGCUGAGGUAGACAAUCUUAGGUGUAAUUUGAAACGUGGAGGCUUAUUUAGUUCUGAGACAAUUGAAAGACUUAUCAAUGGUGCUGUCCUAUUAGUUCCCUAUGAUGCAGACUGCAAUCACUCACCGUGUCUAAGAAAUGGUCACACUGCUCACUGGGCUCUAGUCUGUGGGGUCAUCGUGAUCAAUGACCCCGGAGAACAUUAUAUUAGUGACCCCAAAAAUGUCUAUGUUCUAUGCAAACAUGGCAAGUCCAAAUACUUAGCUGUUUGGAGCUUGUAUGACCUUGCACAAAGUAAUAAUAAUCUUUUUGAAUUCUCUCCUAAGAAAGAAGCUGAUGGUCUAGUUUAUAUUCUUCCAGAGGGGGGAAUGGGAGGGGAGAACGGGUUGCGGGACCAAUAUUUGAUAUUUGAAGGUUUUUGACUAGUGUUAAGCUCAAAUGAAUCAUAUCAAUAUAAUAAUACUCUGUUAAGUUAUAUUUGAUUCUUCUUCUUUUAUUUCCAGUACAUUUUAUUUAUUAGCAAUAUUAAACUAUAAUAUAUCAGGAUAUCCUU